AACCGUAAUCGAGGUUUUAUGCGUAAUAUAUUUGUACGGAGUAUUACGUAUGACUUCUCUCCAAAUUGAUUCAUCUCUCUAGAAAACCCUGAUCCUACGAUGCAUAGACCAGAGUCAGCUCCCGCCGGGCCGCCGCUCUACCCGGCCCGAAAGUCUGGUUGCGCGCCAGGCAGUUACUACCAUCAACAACGGUUGCCGUACCGGCAGCAGUGGAGUCACCCUCCCAGCAACUACCGUUUUCGUACUCCGGAGUCGAGGCCUUCGCCGAAGCCGCCAAAUUUCAUAAUCCACCUUCGUUCCAGAGAUCAUGCCCUGCCGAGGUCAGAAUUUGAGAGGCUUAUUGUGGAACUGCCGGAGCGGCCGCAGGAUUCAUUCUUCUCUGAGGGGAGUAGGGCCUUUUCCGGAAAACUGUUCUACGAGCAGUGGUCAGGGGCCCUCGAGGUAAUUGUGCACUUGUGGAGACUACGGCUCGAAGGAGGGUGUUCUGUGACUCCCUUUCUGGAACAGAAUGUAGUGGUCCCUUCGGAUAAGCUCGAGUUGAAUGAUCGCCUCAAAGAGGUUUUCUUGGAGAAACUUGAGGCAUUAAUGGAUGGGGAACUAGUGCAGAAGUGCAGGAAGAAGUUGAUUCUAGUACUAGACGAGAUAAGUAAAUUGACUAUUCAGCUCGGGAAACUUAAUCGUCUGGGUCAUUCAGCUAAUCUCUUAAAGAAAAAAGAAGUCUUGAUGGGCGAGCGGGAUUUGAUAAGUAAAAGGAUUAAGGAGUUUAAGAAUGGGAUUACGUGUAUCAUGCUUUAUUUGAAGGGGGAUAUGGAGGAAGGUGAUUCCGAGGUGCACAUAAGUCUUUUUAAGCUCAACAGAAAUCCGGAUUGGGACCAGAUUAAUCAUAUAGUAAAGAGGGAGUGUAAAAGGCUAGAGGAUGGCUUGCCCAUUUUUUCUUUCAGGAAAGAGAUUCUCAGUCAAGUAUUUUGCCACCAGGUUACUAUUUUGACUGGCGAGACAGGUUCGGGAAAGAGCACUCAGUUGGUACAGUUCCUUGCUGAUUCAGGAAUUGGUGGUAAUGAUGCAAUUGUCUGCACUCAGCCCAGAAAACUUGCUGCUGCCUCCUUGUCAAGUAGGGUUAAACAAGAAUGUCUUGGGUGUUAUGAAGAUAAUUCAGUUAUGUGCUAUCAGUCAUAUUCAUCUGGCCAUCAGUUUGAUUCAAAGGUGAUAUUUAUGACGGAUCAUUGCCUACUCCAGCAGUAUAUGAGUGAUUGUAAUCUAUCAAAGAUAUCAUGCAUUAUAGUUGAUGAAGCGCAUGAAAGAACCCUAAACACUGAUCUUCUUCUAGCAUUGAUAAAGAAUUUGCUUGAACUGAGGCGUGAUAUGAGGCUCAUCAUCAUGUCUGCUACAGCUGAUGCAAUUCAGCUUGCAAACUACUUCUACGGAUGUGGAACAUUUCAUGUCGUUGGAAGAACCUUUCCGGUUGACAUUAAAUAUGUCCCCUGCGACUACUCUGAAGGUUUUUCUGGUUCAUCUCCUUCUUACCUUUCUAAUGUUGUCAGGAUGGUGCUUGAGAUCCACAACACAGAGGGAGAUGGAACGAUUCUUGCAUUUUUGACUUCUCAAGUGGAAGUAGAAUUGGCUUGUGAGAAGUUGCAGUUGCCAACUGUCAUCACACUACCUUUACAUGGAAAACUGUCGAGUGAAGACCAAAAUCGAGUCUUUUUCGAUUUUCCAGGAAAGAGAAAGGUCAUAUUUGCUACAAACAUUGCUGAGACAUCUUUGACCAUUCCGGGGGUCAAAUAUGUUGUUGAUUCUGGUCUGGUGAAACAAAAAUGGUUUGAACCUGGGAAUGGCAUGAAUAUUUUGAGGGUCUGUAUGAUUAGUCGAAGUUCCGCAAAUCAGCGAUCUGGGCGAGCUGGGAGAACCGAACCUGGAAAGUGUUACAGACUCUUCUCAGAAACUGAUUUUGAGAGUAUGCCUUGUCAUGAAGAACCAGAAAUCCGCAAGGUUCACCUUGGUAUUGCAUUAUUGAGGAUUCUUGCCUUGGGUAUAAAAGAUGUCAAGAAAUUUGAUUUUAUUGAUGCACCUAACCCAGAAGCAAUUGAGAUGACAUUCCAUAGUCUGAUUCUGUUAGGAUGUAUCACUCAAAUUGAUGAUGGUUAUCAGAUAACUGCAGAUGGACGGCUUCUAGUGAAGCUGGGUAUUGAGCCUCGAAUAGGGAAAAUACUCCUUAGUUGCUUCCGCAACCGUUUAGGUAGAGAGGGUCUUGUUCUCGCCGCUGUUAUGACAAAUUCUAGCAGCAUUUUCUGCAGAGUUGGCACAGAAGUCGAAAAACUAAAAUCUGAUUGUAAUAAGGUGCAAUUUUGCCAUCCCUCUGGUGAUCUUUUCACAUUUCUAUCUGUAUACAAGGAGUGGGAUGCCUUGCCUCAAGAAAAGAAAAAUAGGUGGUGCUGGGAUAACAGCAUCAAUGCCAAAACCAUGAGGAGAUGCCAAGAAACUCUUCAAGAAUUGGAAACAUGCCUUCAGAAUGAACUGAGAAUCAUCAUUCCGAGUUACUGGCGCUGGAAUCCCCAAAUGCAUUCUGAACAUGAUGAAACUUUGAAAAGGAUAAUCCUUUCAUCAUACUCUGAGAAUGUGGCGAUGUACUCUGGUUAUGACCGACUUGGUUAUCAGGUGGCGCUUACUGGGAAGCAUUUUCAACUGCACCCUUCAUGUUCGUUGUUGAAUUUCUGUGAAAGACCGGGUUGGAUUGUGUUUGGUGAGAUUUUGGUAGCUGCUAAAGAAUAUCUGGUUUGUGCUACCGCGUUUGACUUCACCGCUCUAUAUGCACUUUCUCCUCCUCCAUCGUUUGACUUUUUGAAGAUGGAUGCCCAAAUGCUGCAGAAGAAGGUUUUGACGGGGUCCGGAAGCAUGCUGCUGAAGAGGUUCUGUGGAAAAUCUAAUUGUUGUCUCAACAAUCUUGUCUCGCGAAUCAGAACGUCAUGUAUGGAUGAACGCAUUGGCAUUGAGGUGAGCGUUGAUCACAAUGAGAUUACAUUAUAUGCGUCAUCUGGAGACAUGGAUGAAGUUUUAACGACUGUGAAUGAAGUAUUGCAACAUGAGCAAAAAUUGUUAAAAAAUGAAUGUUUGGAGAAAUGCACUCACAUGGGAGGAUCUACAUUUUCAGCUUCUUUUGCUCUUUUUGGAGCUGGUGCAGAAAUAAAGCAUUUGGAGCUGGAUAAGAGAUGUUUGACUGUGGACAUAUAUCAUUCAAAUGUUAAUGCAAUUGAUGAUAAGGAAUUGUUGAUGUUUUUGGAGAGGAACUGUGGUGACAUAGGUGCGGUGCACAAGUUUUCAGGCUCAAGUCAUGACAUUGAGGAGAAGGAACAAUGGGGCAGGGUAACAUUUGUCACCCCUGAAGCUGCUAACAUGGCCACCGCAUUAAAUUUGGUUGAAUUUAGUGACGGGAUGCUAAAAUUAGUUCCUUCGAAGAUAACAUAUGGUGGUGAUCAAAAGAUGUUCUCAUCUCCUUUGCUCAAAGCAAAAAUUUAUUGGCCUCGUAGGAAAAGUAGAGGGACGGUAAUUGUUAAAUGUGACCCCAGGGAUGUGAAUUUUAUGGUUGGUGACUUCUCGUCCGAUUUUAUAAUAAGAGGAAGGCAUGUUCAUUGUGAGCAAAGCAAAAAAUUCCCGAACAGCAUAGUUCUUACUGGAGUUGGUAAAGAGGAUUCUGAAGCUGAGAUCUUUGAAGAGUUGAGUGUAUUGACACACAGGAAGAUUUCAGAUGUGUUCCUCAUUAGAGGAGAUGCAGUAGAACAUCCUUCACUAGAUGCUCUUGAGGAAGCUCUUUUGAGAGAAGUAUCCUCCUUGAUGCCUAAAAGGGGUCCCCAUGGCAACUCUCUUCGUGUUCAGGUCUUCCAACCUGAACCGAAGGAUACUUACAUGAGAGCAACCAUCACAUUUGAUGGAAAUCUUCAUCUAGAAGCUGCGAAGGCAUUGGAACAAAUUGACGGGAAAGUCUUGCCUGGAUGUCUCUCAUGGCAGAAGAUAAAAUGCCAACAAAUGUUUCAGACUACACUAUCAUGUUCUGCAUCAGUAUACCAUGUCAUUAGGAUGGAGCUGGAUGCUUUACUUGCUAGGUUCAAGAAGCGUAAAGGUACUUUUGAUAUGACAACUGUUUAUUCUUUAUACUUUAGCCACUUUAUAUUUAAUUACUCUGUAUAAGUAUAAAUACAUUUACAUGCUGCAUGACAUAUGGUACUACUUGGUUAUAGUGCAAUGAUAAUUUUUUAGUAAAAAAUGAUAUUGAAAGGACAUACUGUAAAAAAUAAUACUCCCAUUGUCCUAUAGUUGCUGCCUUUUGCACCAAGCCGUCAAGUGCUCACCACGCUUAAGAGAUGUCUCCUCAGUACACAUUUGCACUAGUACACCUACUUUUACUUAAACUAGUAUCACACCCGUGCGAUGCACGGCCGAAAUAUAUAAUCCAAAUAUUUAAAUCAAAGUGUAAUACUUCAUCCACAUUUUAAAGAUUGCCACAUUAGCAUUAACACAUUUUAAGGAGGAAAUUAGGAGUAAUGGAUAUUGAAUAGUGUAAAAAAGUAUGAGAGAAGGUAUAAAAUAUUAAAAGGAGAAGAUAAAAACUUAAAAGAAAAUGGAUAGGAUUAAUCCCAACCAUUAGUGACGCUUGAAAUAACCCAAAGUAUCAAUUUUUUCAAAAUAAUACCAACUAUUAAAAAAAAUCUUAAAUUACUCCACUCACUUAUAAUAAACCAUAAAUAACAUAACUAAAGAUUUUUAACUCAUGCUUCUACCAGUGAGAGGACAUUUGCCUCUAACUAUUAAUCACUGAGACUUGUUAGUAAUAGCCUUGACAUCUAUUGUUAAAAAACAUUGAAUUUGAAAUUUCACUCUAAAUAUUUGAAAAAUUCACCGAAGAUCACACGUUGCUUUUUCUGAUAUCUAAUAAUGGUAAAGUCGAAGAUCUUUUGGGAUGGGCUAUGCUACUAUUGUCACUUGGUGACUCAAAUCGUCCCUGCCAGGGAAGGAUCUAUGUACUACCUAUGGUGGGCUGAAGCCCAGGGCGGUUUAAAUCUUUUCCAAAUUUUUAGUGUAAUUUUUUUGAUUUUUUAUAUUUAGCCUACCCCACCAAUGUUUAAGUCUAGUAUAAUUGCAUUUUAGCCUAGGGUAACUCAAAUUCCUGGAUCCGCCCCUGGUCCCUGCUUAACAUGUCCGCCUCUCUAAUUUUCUGUUGUUGAUAGUGAGAGAGCACUGAGAAUGAUGAAAGUAUCUUUGCUAAAAAAUACUCCGUACUAAGAAAUGAAAUGAUCUUAUUUAGUUCUAAAAAACUCAUCAUACAAUACAUACUUGUUUAGGAGUUAAAUAACAGAAAAUAAGUAAAAUUUUCACAUCUAACCCAUUAAAAGUAGCAUACAAUUAAAACCUAACAUUAGAAGCCUCGAGGAUAAGCAUUAGGUUUCACCAGACUCCAGACCACCCAUCUUCACCUUCGAGCAUAUAUCUGCUCUUUCUGGGUUUCUUUCUUCAAAAUUUUCUAGCUCAAAUGCAUAUAGAUGAUAUCUCCGAUUAGACCGAUUAGAUCGAAUCUGAAUAUAUGACUACACAAACAAAUCUGAUUUCAAUCAAACUGUUCUUACGAUCGGAGCACUUCUAGGAUGAUGCACCACGAAGGACAAAUGCAUGGCGAUCUGCGAAGAAGAAGCUAAACGGCUAGAUGAAGUUCUCUGAGUCCCUGACAUGAUAAUACUUUUCGGGAGUUCACUGAAUAAUGUCCAUAUUUUUUUCUAUCUAGCUAGUGUAUAAUUAACACUUAUAAUUCUAUCCCUGAUUUCCUAUAAUCCUAUGCAAGGUCUUCUAAUGGAAGUUUGAUGAAAAACACCAAGUGUGAAUCCUGUGGUAGUUUCUUGUCCCUAAUCUCACUGCAUCAAAAUUAUCUUUUGUUUAAUUUGAUUUAAAAAUCAAAUCACGUUUUGGCCGUUUUUUAUUACAACCAUUAUUUAAUUAAACCGUAUCAAUAAUUUGUUUAGCAAAUAUGUUUAAUUUAGUAUUAUCAAACACAAAUAAUAAUUAAAAUAUAUUAAAUCUUUCAGUGAUUUACAAUUAAAACAUCUACGCUUCAUAUAUUCUACCUAUGCUUCAAAUCUAUGCUUUUUUAUAAAAAGAGUUCUGCCAUUUGGAGAAGAAGCAUUUAUAGAUAUAUUCAAAAGUAACAUUUAUAUGGAAAAACUAAGAGCACGUACAGUAUAGUACCUAUUUUACAUUAACAUCAUCAUAUCUACUAUUCAACGUAUAAAACCCCCCUAGGUGAUAAAAAUUUACAUGAUUAAGCACAACUAAGAAUAAACUUGUUGUCAUGUUAAACAUAGAAAGUCAAUCAUUUGUCCCAAGAGUGAAGAAAUCACAAGAAGAACAUUAGCGUGAUUAUACAUGAAGAAUCAAUUUUCUAAUUAAAUUCAUUCUGUUGUUCAUACAAAGCUAUAUAUGCUUUUAUACUAUUUAUACUAUUUUGUAAUAAAGUAGUACGUAUAAACUAAGAAUGCUUUUAUAAACUACUACGUAUUUUAUUAAAAAUGAAAACAAAACUUGUAUUUUAUCAAAAACAACAACCGUUAGCUUUAGCAGGACUGCAGAGGAUUCAAACUUGGAAUGCGCAACACCUUCAUUACUUUGUAUAGCGCUAUAGCAGCAAGAAUUUCAGAUUCUUUAGCCUUCGUCUCCAUUGCAUCUCCUUCCAAGUAGUUAUUCCAAUCGUGGAUCUGAAAAGGGAAGUUUAUUCGAGGAAGAAGGCAGGUUUAGGGGUGUUCAUUGUGGGAUGCAAAUAGCUUAACCAAUGAAAUUACAAUGCUUGAUUACAUGUGAGCAGACAAUGAUCUUAAUACUCCAUGAUUAAGAUCUAUUCUCCACUAACAUCUAACCAGGCAUUGUAAUUUCUUUAGUUAAAUGUGCCAUAGGGUCAUGACGGAUUCUAUACCCUCAGGAUUUGGUGUUGAAUGCAGCCUCGAUCGAUAUGAGAGUGGUUCAUACAGAGUUAAGGUAUUUGCAAAUGCUACUAAAGUUGUUGCAGAAGUUAGAAAACCAUUGGAGGAGCUUAUGAAAGGCAAGGUGAUAGAGCAUGUGAGUGUUACCCCCACAGUCCUCCAACAUCUAUUCUCUUGGGAAGGCAUCUGUCUUAUGAGAUCACUUCAACGGGACACCGGGACCUACUUUAUGUUUGACAAGCAUAACCUUAUAGUGAGAGUCUAUGGUUCCCCACAAAAGGUUGACAUGGCACAUCAUAAGUUUGUCGAUUCACUCCUCGCGUUACAUGAAAGCAAACAGCUCAUUGUUCAUCUCCGUGGAGAAUCCUUACCUUCUGAUUUAAUGAAACGAGUGGUCCAGAAGUGUGGACCCAAUCUUAACGGUCUCAAAGAGAUGUUCCCCGACGGAAGCUUCUCUCUCAACAGUAAACAGCACUGCAUUUACAUAAAAGGCACUGCCAAAGAUCUGAAGCAAAGAGUUGAAGAUGCUAUAUAUGAGAUUGCUCAGGAGAGCGGUGUACAUAUUCAAAGGAACGAUGACGAAGCGAGCUGCCCAAUCUGCUUGUGCGAGGUAGACGACGGUUACAAGCUUGAAUCCUGUCUUCAUGUCUUCUGUCGUUUGUGUUUGGUUGAGCAGUGUGAGUCUGCAAUCAGAAGCAGAGAGGGUUUCCCGUUGAGAUGUCUGCAUAAGGGUUGUGGGUCCUCUAUCAUCCUCUCAGAUCUCAAGUCUCUAUUGACGGUCGAGAAGUUGGAAGAUCUUUUUCGUGCAUCUUUGGGUGCUUACGUGGCAGCAAACCCGUGUUACCGGUUUUGCCCGUCUCCGGACUGUCCUUCCGUGUACCGUGUAGGAACAGAUUCAGCAUUUGUGUGUGGGGCAUGUUAUGCAGAGACGUGCACCAGAUGCCACCUGGAGUAUCAUCCUUACCUCUCGUGCGAUAAAUAUAAGGAGUUUAAAGACGACCCUGACUUAUCUUUGAAGGAGUGGUCGGAGGGGAAAGAGAAUGUAAAGAAGUGUCCGGCUUGCCUGUGUACGAUUGAGAAGGUGGAAGGGUGCAACCACAUUGAGUGCCGGUGUGGGAAACAUGUUUGUUGGGUUUGCUUGGAGGGUUUUGAAACCAGUGAUGACUGCUAUAGCCAUUUGAGGGUUGUUCAUUUGGCCAUUGGAUAAGUCAAACACUUGAAUCGGCUAUAUAUAACAACCACUGUUUAUAUACGUACAUAUCUGCUUCUCUUGUGUAUAUAUGUAUAUGCUUCUAAUAUAAUUAUCCUUGCGGCAUUACUAGGCAUACGUCGUCUCAUCAUCAGCAUCAUCAUCAUUUUCAAUUAGUAUUCACAUCUUUGCUAAUAUAAUAA